AUUCUUAGAAUUCUCUGACUAUAUUACCCCUGAACGUGGCUAGAUGUGUGUCAAAAGGAAAAACUGAGUUAUACGGUUGUAGGAAUCACAUUCGGAUCAUUCAGCCAAUAGAAGAUGGCGCGAGAUUGUAUAUUUGUGGAACAAAUGCUUACAGCCCCAUGGAUUGGGUUAAUCAGGCCAACCUCUCCUAUGUGAAUUCCUGGAAUACAAUACCAGGUAUAGGAAACGGUGUAGCCAAAUGCCCUUUUGAUCCUGAUGAUAACGCUACAGCAGUAUGGGUCGAAAACGGUAAUCCAGGACAACUAGCUGGUCUGUAUAGUGGAACUGUGGCGGAGUUCAGUAAAGCAGACGCUGUAAUUUUCCGGGCUGACCUGUACGACUUCUACACCAGAGAGAAGGUUUAUCCCUUUCAGAGGACGAUCAAGUACGACUCGAAGUGGUUAGAUAAACCCGACUUCGUUGGAUCCUAUGACAUAGGGGAACAUGUAUAUUUUUUCUUCAGAGAAAAUGCAAUAGAACACAUCAACUGCGGGAAGACAGUGUAUUCUAGAGUUGCAAGGAUAUGUAAAAAAGAUACAGGUGGAAAAAAUAUUCUUAAUAAGAACUGGGCAUCGUUUGUGAAAGCACGGCUCAACUGUUCAAUACCAGGGGAAUUUCCAUUCUAUUUCAAUGAAAUACAAAGCAUCUACAAACUACCAAACGACAACAGUAAAUUUUUUGCUGUAUUUUCAACAUCCAUGAAUGGAUUGAUUGGGUCGGCCAUCUGCACUUUCAGCUUGAGUUCGAUUGAAGAAGCUCUGAACGGGAAGUUUAAAGAACAGAUUACAUCAUCGUCAGCUUGGUUACCCGUUUUAACAAGUAGAGUUCCCGAGCCGCGGCCCGGAUCGUGUGUGAACGACACACAAACCCUGCCCGACGCCGUUUUGAACUUCAUAAGAAGUCACCCCUUAACAGAUUCAGCCGUUACCCAUGACAACAGAAAACCAGUAUUCUACACUAAGGAUGUGCUUUUCAGACGAUUGGUGGCUCAAAAACUUGAGAUAGAUGGCAUUGAAUACACCAUCUUUUAUGCUGGAACAAAGACUGGACUCAUCUAUAAGUUGGUAGAAUGGUAUGAUGGGACAGGACACGCUUCUUCAAAUCUUGUGGAUGUAUUUGAUGUGUCGGCGCCAGAACCAAUACAAGCGAUGGAAAUUUCUAGCAAGUACAAGUCAAUAUACGUGGCCUCUGACUCUGCAAUUCGACAAGUCAGUUUAGUGAUGUGUAGAAGCCGUUAUCCAAACUGUCUUCAGUGUGUUCGAGAUCCGAAUUGUGGCUGGGACAAGGAUCAACAUAUGUGCAAGCCUUAUGUUAGAGGGUAAGAUUUUAUUUAUGAC